UGGCAUGAUGGGACGCCAUGGCAUAAUAGAGUGAGCUCAGUCAACAAUCUAAUCUGACGGCUUUCAGAACACCAUCUGGACCCGUUGAAACCCCCUUCAGCAUGGUUCAGGAACACAACUUACCCGCACCAUCUCGCAAACCUCUGCCCAAUCUUAUUUCGGCGUUUCUCCCUGGCUAUCGAGCUAAUCAUUCUUCUCAAUCCACUUCUACACCCGCAAAUCCAGAUCCGGUGCCUUUGAAACCUCCCGCCAUGAAACGGCCUCGUGGUGGGCAUGCCAUUCGAAAGCCAGCCGAGGCACCGCAGAUUGGACUCCCUAUUCGUCCAAAUGGUCGUGAUCUGAAAAGCAUAGAGCCAAACGGCGAGGAGGGUGCGCCUGUGAGGCGGAGCUCGAGAUUAAAGAGUGGCGGCCCUGGUCUGUCGUCAAUGAGUGCCAAAGACAAACGGACAACCCGGUCACGCUCGGCAACAUCGUCCACAUCCGGUGCGACGAUCGAGAAUCCUCCCUCACCUCAAUCGCAAGAGCUUGCCCUACAAGCGUACGCUGAUGAUUGGCUCCGCGAUAUCGUUCGAAAGUGCGCUCGAGCGUAUCGUGCACUCUCCACAUAUUCCUGCCAAGAGACGCUGAGGGAGAUCGACACAUUGCCUGGAGAACUGCAAGCCUCGCCAUGGGCUCUGGACAUGAUAUCCCGAGCGUUCUACGAAAUGGCAAACUAUAUUUUCGCUCGACGAGCGUUCAAAGCUCUGCUCAAAGUGGAGCCAUACGCUCUGCAGUCAAUGGAGAUGUACUCCACCCUCUUGUGGCAUCUGGGCGACCCGCCUGCAUUGUCGUUUCUGUCGCAAAAGCUCAUCUCGAUCGAUAGGAACGCUCCCCAGCCCUGGAUCGCGGCGGGUAAUUGCUUUUCGCUGCAAAAGGAUCACGAUGAGGCUAUGCGAUGUUUCCGCCGAGCUACGCAGGUCGAUCCGGGAUGCGCGUACGCUUGGACAUUGUGCGGGUAUGAGGCCAUUGAGAUGGAGGAAUAUGAGCGAGCCGUGGCAUUCUACAGGACUGCCAUAAGGACGGAUGCAAGGCACUACAAUGCUUGGUACGGAAUGGGUCUGGUCUAUCUCAAAACCGGCAAGCCAAAGUAUGCCGAGCACCACUUCCGCCGAGCAGCGGAGAUCAAUCCCACCAAUGCAGUAUUGCUCACGUGCAUCGGCAUGGUGCUUGAGCAAAACGAUGACACCAUGCAAGCGCUUUCAUUCUACGACCAGGCUUGCAAAUAUGCACCUGACAGCCCGAUGGUCGCUUACAAGCGAGUUCGAGUGUUGGUUGCUUUGCAGCGCAUAGAUGAAGCAAUCACUUUUCUCGAGUCUUUGGCCAAGACUGCCCCGGAUGAAGCCAAUAUUCACUUUCUCCUCGCCAAGUGUUAUCUUAAGCAAGAUCGAAGGACAGAAGCGACCGUCUCCUUCACUUCGGCUCGUGAAUUACAGCCCAAGUUGGAAGGCGCCAUACGCGCAGCGAUCGGCGGCAAGGAGGAGGACGAAGAGGACGAUGAGGAGAUGUGAGGUCAGACCCUACAAGGGAGGAUCUUAUGGCUGGCCGUCAGUAGUCUGUUGCAUGCACGAGCGUGGAGUUUGGAAAUAGCUUGGGAAGAAGGUGAAUCAG